CACACACACCACCUCACACACCCUCAGCCCCACCUCCUCCUCCUAAUGGGACAUCCCAGCCUAUAAAGAGGAAACCCCUCUCCAGCAGAUACAACUGACCAGGAAGGAGGAACAGCCCUCGGCUCUCUUGACUGCAAACUAACUGAAGCUCUCCAGACUCGUCCACUCCUCUUUCCUUCUUCCUCCGUCUCCUUCCAGACUUCACCUCCGGCGCCAUGCCUCCUGAGAUCCAGUCCCAGGACCAGAGCGGACCCAGGGUCCUGCAGGGCGAGCUCGGCGCCCUCAGCCCGGCCGUCAGGGAGUUCGUGGACGCCAACGUGACCCUGUGCCAGCCCGACUCCCUCCACAUCUGCGACGGCUCGGACGAGGAGAACCGGGCCAUUCUGACCCAGCUGGAGGAGCAGGGCGUCAUCAAGAAGCUCGGCAAAUAUGAAAACUGCUGGUUGGCCCGGACCGACCCGAGGGACGUGGCUCGUGUGGAGAGCAAGACUGUGAUCGUGACCCGGGACCAGAGCGACACGGUGCCCACGCCGCUGGGAGGCGGAGUCAGCCAGCUGGGCCGCUGGAUGUCGCAGGAAGAGUUCGACAAAGCCGUGGCUCAGCGGUUCCCCGGCUGCAUGAAAGGCCGCACCAUGUAUGUGAUUCCCUACAGCAUGGGUCCGGUGGGUUCCCCCCUCUCCAAGAUCGGGGUGGAGCUGACCGACUCCCCCUACGUGGUGGCCAGUAUGAGGGUGAUGACCCGCAUGGGGAAGGCCGUGCUGUCGGCGCUGGGUAACGGCGAGUUUGUCCGCUGUCUGCACUCCGUCGGCUGUCCCCUGCCGCUCAAGAAGCCGCUGGUGAACAACUGGCCCUGUAACCCCGAGCAGACGCUGAUCGGCCACAUCCCGGAUCGCAGGCAGAUCGUCUCCUUUGGCAGCGGUUACGGAGGAAACUCCCUGCUGGGAAAGAAAUGCUUUGCCCUGCGCAUCGCCUCACGUAUCGCCAAGGAGGAGGGUUGGCUGGCCGAGCACAUGCUGAUCCUCGGCGUCACCAACCCUGCCGGGCAGAAGAAGUACAUGGCGGCAGCCUUCCCCAGCGCCUGCGGGAAAACCAACCUGGCCAUGCUCUGUCCCACGCUGCCGGGCUGGAAGGUCGAGUGUGUGGGAGACGACAUCGCCUGGAUGAAGUUUGAUGACGAAGGAAACCUGCGCGCCAUCAACCCAGAGAACGGCUUUUUUGGCGUCGCACCUGGCACCUCAGCCAAAACCAACCCCAACGCCAUGGCGACCAUUGUCAAGAACACCAUCUUCACCAAUGUGGCAGAGACCAGCGACGGCGGUGUGUACUGGGAGGGGAUGGAUGAGUCGCUGCCCGAGGACGUCACCAUCACAUCCUGGAAGAACAAACCCUGGAGCUCAGAGGAUGGCGAACCCUGCGCUCAUCCCAACUCCCGCUUCUGCACUCCGGCCGGCCAGUGCCCCAUCAUCGACCCACAGUGGGAAUCCCCAGAGGGAGUCCCCAUCGAGGCCAUCAUUUUUGGAGGCCGCAGACCAGAAGGUGUCCCUCUGGUGUAUGAGGCCUUCAACUGGCAGCACGGAGUGUUUGUUGGAGCAGCCAUGAGAUCAGAGGCCACUGCUGCAGCCGAGCACAAAGGAAAGGUAAUCAUGAACGACCCGUUCGCAAUGCGCCCCUUCUUCGGCUACAACUUCGGACAGUACCUCUCCCACUGGCUGAGCAUGGCCGACCGCCCCGGCGCCAAGCUCCCCAAGAUUUUCCACGUCAACUGGUUCCGCAAGAGCCCCACCGCCGGCUUCCUCUGGCCUGGCUUUGGGGACAACAUCCGCGUUCUGGACUGGAUGUUCAGGCGGGUGAACGGCGAGGCCGGCGCCAUGCCCUCCGCCGUGGGCCACCUGCCCUGCCACGACUCCCUGAACCUCCAGGGUCUGCGGGACGACGUGGACCUGGACGAGCUGUUCUCCCUGGAUCAGGAGUUUUGGCAGAGGGAGGUGGGAGAGGUGAGGAAGUACUUCGCCACGCAGGUGAACGACGACCUGCCCAACGAGGUGGCCCGGCAGCUGGAGCUGCUGCACCAGAGAGUGAAGCAGAUGUAAGGAAAGAACCACGUGUUGGGAAUUGCAGGCACGCUGGUGAAUCUGGAGCAGCUUGUCAUAGACAUUCUAGAACGGAAUUGUAGUCAUUCUCGAGGCAACAUAUCGGAAGUUCGAGAAGAGAAUUUUAGUGAUUCUAAAAGCAACUCAUUAGAAAUUCAGUUAUUCUGAAUGAAAUUGUGAGAAAUUCUAUAAAAUCUCAUCAUUGUUUUACUGAGGAAAUGUUUUUAAAGGAUUUCUUUCUUUGAGGUUCGAGUUCACAAAUUAAUACAAAGAGGAUCCUUCGAUCUUUUUUAUUCUCUGAUAAAAUUCUACUUGGUUAAUAUCUAGAAAUCCUUUCCUGUUGAGAUUAUUGUUCUGAAAAUGCUUUUGUUGAAAUUCACCUGGGAAUCAUUGCAUGAAAAAACAUUCCUCAUCGCGCUCGUCGGCUCUACGUCGCCCCGGUGCCAGGACUUGUGAUCUGGAUCGGAAUUUUUAUCCAUUAUUUCUAUAUCCAUUCUCGUGCUGCUGCACAAGCAUAACUUUUUGUUCAGAUGUAUUGUCCGACUGUUGAACAACUAUUUAACGAUAACUUAUUGUCAAGUCACAUCACGCUGUCCUCGCCGUACAGAUCCAUACGGCGCCGGAAGCCCAGCUCAAGUUUGUCCGAUCUCUUGCACAUGGAGGGAAUUGAUACGUUUUUUGGUUCCUGUCGUAUGUUUUUUUGUCUUAAUUUAUUUUUAUACUGUCUUUGUAACUCUUGGCUUUAUUUUGUUUUACUCUUGAGCUCCCGUUGAAGAGAGACGAAAAUAAAAGUAUUUAAACCUA